AUGAAAGAGCUCUGGGAGAAAGUCACAACAAAGCUCUCUGAAAUUUCUCUAGAGCAACCUAAUGCGGCUGCCGCCUAUUUGGCAAAAGACGGCGGUAAAACAGACACUUGGGAGGAAAAACACAGCGAGAUGCAUUUAAAAUAUAGAGACAAGCUUGUUUUUGACACGACCUACUUGGGCAAACUUGUUAUCGGGACCACAGAUGAUAUUGCAAAUGAAGUCGAACAUGCUAUUCAGUCAUUCCUAAGGGCAAAUUCCAUCUUGAAAGACAUCAUAAAAGUACCAAAAAAUGUGUAUAGGUUGAUGAAACGCCAUCACGAGAGCGAUGUUCAAAGAAUUGCAAGUGCUUUGUACUCAGGGCAAGUUCGUAUAGUUUCAAAAGAUGAUGCACAUGCUUUUGAAAUAUCUGGUACAAAAGAUGGAAUGGAGCAGGCAAAGACUCAAGUUGAAGCACUUUUGACAAAGGUAAACAAGAAGCAGCACGAAGUCAGAAAACCAGGUCUUGGAGAAUAUAUGCAAACUGAGAAGGGAAGUGAAAUUACGCGAGCAGUUGAAUCAGCGUUUCCAUGUGUUAUAUCCAUGAAUGACGGCUGUGAUGACAUUGGAAGUGAAAACAUUCGAGUAAUUGCAAGCUGUACUGGUUAUGAAAAUCGAAGAAUGUUCGCUGCAGUUGGUGAUAUGUCAGAAAUAAACGUCGACGUUAUUGUAAAUCCUUCUGACGACAACAUAGGUCUAUUCGGAGGACUAGGAAAAGUCUUAAAAAUUAAAGGAGGACUAGCGCUUGAACGCCCUUGCAGAGAUUACAUCAAAAACAACGGCCCACUGAGUGAGGGAGAGGUUUUUGUAUCCCCGGCAGGAAACCUGAAAGCAAAGCACAUAAUUCAUGUGGUUGGUCCGGCUUGGAAGGACGGUACUCACCAAGAGGUUGAAAAUCUGGCAGAGGUGGUGUUCAAGGCAAUGAAACAAGCGUCUAUGAAAAACCUUAAAUCUCUUGCCAUGCCUGCUAUUAGUUGUGGUGUGUAUGGAUUUCCUGUAAAGAAAGCGACAGGCAUUAUUGUAGCGGCCGUCAAGAACUUUUUCCGGAAGGAACAAGAUAGCUCUUUGACAGAGAUCUACCUAUGUGAUAUGAAUGGCGGCACAGUGAAUGCUUUUACCGAAGCUCUACAGAAGGAAUGGGGUGCCAAGAAUGUCGAAAAACAUGCAAACAAGUCACAACAUCGGAAACCUGGAAUGGUUUCACAGACGUUGAUGAAGAAGUGCGGAAAGCCGCUUUUGGAUGAGGCAAACUCAAAGAGUAAUUGCCUUAAGGAAAUCAAACGGAAUGCAGACGAACACCAUGUAGACUAUAAACUAAUUGGUGGAGAUAUCCAGAUAUUUGGUGUUAUGCAAAAUGUGGUCAAAGUCACAGAUGAUAUAUACACAUCUUUGCGUGAUGCGGCAAAAAUAGAGCAAGAGCACAAUGCAGCUGUUAUACUUAAAGACAUCGUUCAGUGGUAUUGGAUGGAACAGACUGAAAUGACAGAUGAAUUGAAACCCUAUGAAAUGAUGAUGAACUAUCAAAUAGAGCAGGCAUUCAAGACACAAGAGGACAAGUUCACUUACACUGACAAUGGAGAAACGGUGAUCGUUGACUUUAAGAACUAUUCCGAGUAUUGCCAGUCCAAGCCAGGCGAAGAAGAUACUAUUCUUCGAAAAUAUAUAAUCAAAGAAUUUAGCGGAGAGGUUCCUGCCAACUGGAGACCCAUGAAGGGUAAUUUACUGGUGUAUAAGUUGGCCCCUGCUGACAAGGAGUACACUGAUUUAUCCGGGACAUUCAACACGUCCAGUGGUGGAGGCUACAUUAUUCACUCGAUUGAGAAAGUUCAAAACAAAUCACUGUGGCUACAGUAUGAAGCUAAAAAGAAACAACUCGAGGGACAGAAUCCUGCAGGAACGAAAAACGAGCAAUUCCUGUGGCACGGUACAUCUGAAGACACUGUGGACAGUGUCAACGCACAUGGUUUCAACAUGAGCUACUGUGGGAAAAACGCUACGGCCUUUGGGAAUGGCGUUUAUUUUUUUGUAAAUGCAAACUAUUCCUGUCAAGAUACGUAUUCAAGACCCGGUACACAGGGACUUAAGAAAAUGUAUUACUGCGCUGUUUUGACUGGUGAAUUCAUUUUGGGAAAAUCGGGAAUGCGCGUCCAGCCACCGAAACCUAACGCAGGAAAGAAUGCCUUGUACGAUUCCGUCGUAAAUAAUGUUGCUGGUCCAGCUAUGUAUAUAAUAUUUAACGACACACAGACCUACCCUCUUUACAUAAUAACGUUUAAGAAACAGUAG